AUGUACAGGGACAAUGAGUUCUACACCAAUGGAGGCUGGGAACCUGCGCAUGCGAAAGCUCUCAUCCAGUUGACCAAGCAGAGGGGAGGUAUUAAGACGUUUAAGCUUCACAACCUGGCAGAACUUAUUAUGGGCAUUGACACACACGAUGCCAUGUGCAACCUUAGAAAGCCCCAGUUUGCUCCUCUAGUCCCCACCAAUAAGUCACUACACUCUUUUCGUGGCUACUGGGAUGCAAUGACCAUCAAAAAGUACCCCGCAAUCGAGAAUGUUUUUGACUUUCUACCAAACACCAAGCCUGUAAGGGCUCUGUCGGAUGUGGUUUCAAAAGCUCGAGCACUCUUUGCAACGUAUGACCUGAUGAUCAAUAACCCAGAAGCAGGAAUUGACAUAGUGCGUUGGGUUCUGACUAGACGAGCAAUUCAGAACGAGGCCAUGAGCGUGGAUGACUCUGGUGACUGUUUGUUCAAGUUGUGCAGACUUGCAGUUCAAGUAUUCAUUGCCGAGUCUAUUGAGCCAAUGGGACAGCUUUGUCUCUAUCAUGAAAACAGUUCUCGAGCUCUCUUGCUUGCCAUGGAUGAUUGCGAUCGACUCGGUUACUGGGAUCUAUAUCCACGAGUUCUUCUUUGGACAGCAAUUAUCGGAGGAUUCACAUCCCGCGAGAAGUCGAACCGAUGGUGGUUUGCGGAGCAACUCAGGCAUAGUCCAAUACCGCUCGAGGAACAAUCUUGGAAACAAGUUCAGGAGAUUUCAGAGAGUCUCUUGCCGUUUCGUUAUCGUCAAGGUGAAGGAUUAGAACACUUCUGGAAAGAAGCAUGCACCUGGGUGUCAGGUAAUAAGCUGCCGGGCUGA